ACAGCGUCGUCGCCUCCUCGCCGGGCCUAGUGCGCCUGCGCGAGUCCGCGGAGACCUUGGAGGCGCGGCUGCCAGGGACGGGGCGCUCGGACGCGAGGUUAAAGCUGAGGCGGCCGGAAAAUGCAGAGCUGGAGCCGGGUCUGCUGCGCGCUCGCCCAGAGAAGCCAUUUUAGUCGAAUCCAUCAUGGCCUACAGGGGAUUUGUGCAGUGUCGCUGAGGAGCUAUGCUGAUCUAGCUGAUGCUGACAUCACAGUUAUUGGUUCUGGGCCUGGAGGAUAUGUUGCUGCUAUCAAAGCAGCUCAACUUGGCUUUAAGACUGUUUGUGUGGAGAAAAAUGAAACUUUGGGUGGAACCUGUUUGAAUGUUGGCUGCAUUCCUUCCAAGGCUUUGCUGAACAACUCACAUCUGUAUCAUUUGGCCCAUGGAAAGGAUUUUGCUAGUAGGGGAAUUGAAAUUACAGGAAUCCACUUGAAUUUAGAGAAGAUGAUGGAGCAGAAAAGUGGUGCAGUGAAGUCCUUGACAGGUGGAAUUGCCCAUUUGUUUAAACAGAACAAGGUCGUACAUGUGCCUGGAUUUGGAAAAAUAACUGGCAAAAACCAAGUCACAGUAUCCAAAGAAGAUAGUAGCACUCAGGUUAUCAGUACAAAGAAUAUCCUCAUAGCCACGGGUUCAGAAGUUUCUCCGUUCCCUGGAAUUACGAUUGAUGAAGACACAAUUGUAUCAUCAACUGGUGCAUUAUCACUGAAACAAGUCCCUGAAAAGAUGGUUGUAAUUGGUGCAGGAGUCAUUGGUGUGGAGUUGGGUUCAGUUUGGCAGCGUCUUGGUGCAGAUGUGACAGCUGUUGAGUUCUUGGGCCAUGUUGGUGGAAUGGGUAUUGAUAUGGAGAUCUCUAAAAAUUUUCAGCGCAUCCUUCAGAAACAAGGACUCAAAUUUAAACUAAAUACCAAGGUUACUGGUGCCACCAAGAGGCCAGAUGGAAAGAUUGAUGUUUCUAUUGAAGCAGCUGCUGGUGGAAAGACAGAAGUAAUCACCUGUGAUGUAUUACUUGUUUGCAUUGGUCGACGUCCUUUUACUCAGAACCUAGGGCUGGAAGAUAUUGGAAUUGAACUUGAUAACAAGGGUAGAAUCCCAAUCAAUACCAGAUUCCAAACCAAAAUUCCAAACAUCUAUGCUAUUGGCGAUGUAGUUGCUGGGCCAAUGUUGGCUCACAAAGCUGAGGAUGAAGGCAUUAUCUGCGCUGAGGGGAUAGCUGGAGGCGCAGUUCACAUUGACUAUAACUGUGUGCCGUCAGUGAUUUACACACACCCUGAAGUUGCCUGGGUUGGCAAAUCAGAGGAACAGUUGAAAGAAGAGGGGACAGAAUACAAAAUUGGAAAGUUUCCAUUUGCUGCUAACAGCAGAGCUAAGACUAAUGCUGACACAGAUGGUUUGGUGAAGAUACUUAGUCAGAAAACAACAGACAGGAUGCUGGGCGCUCACAUUCUAGGCGCAGGUGCUGGGGAGAUGGUUAAUGAAGCUGCUCUUGCUAUGGAAUAUGGAGCAUCAUGUGAAGAUGUAGCCAGAGUUUGCCAUGCCCAUCCAACUGUCUCGGAAGCCUUCAGGGAAGCAAACCUAGCAGCAUCUUUCGGCAAAGCUAUCAACUUCUAAAAUGCAAGCACAAUCGUUUGUACAUAUAUAGCACAUUUCUUCUGAAAAUGGACUGUUGGCUUUUGCAGAAGACUGGGUCUUUGAGUAUUUCUAGAACUGAAUUAAGUGAAUUUCUUUUGUUUAAACAUCAAUUAUUUAAACACAUUUGGUUUGGAACAAGUGGAAUUAUCCAGUCGCUGUAUAUUAAUAUACUUAGAAACUUGUUUGUGCAUCAUGGGUAUUUCGGAAAACAAGCUUAAGAGUCAACGAUUAAAAAAACCCAACACGUUACUGUUGCACAGCAUAAUGAGGAACGCUGGCCACAACUCAUGGCUAAUACCGUCCUGGUAUCUGGUAUAUUCUUAUUUGAAAUACUGAUAUUCCAGUGGAAUGCUGGCACUUAAAAAUGCCACUGUCACCUGUGCACAAAGACGUUGUGGCAUUCUUUUAUGUGAAAUCUUUCACUAUAUAUUAACUCUUUUUUUCCCCCCUGAAAUGCAGAAACCAAACCUUUUGGUUACUUUGAUCUGGUAGAGUUGGGAUUACUUGGAUGGGCUAUUUACUGCAGGUGAAUUGAAGCUUAUCUUUAUUUGUAGAAAGCUAGUCUGGCAGUGUUUGUACCCUUUAUCUCCACGAAUCAUGCUUUCAUAUUGAAAACAUGUCUGUAAAAUUCUACUUUAACUUGCAAAAAAAAUCAAGCGAUUAUGAAGAAAUGAAAAUUCAGUGGAGGAAAAUUAACUGAAUGUUAUUGCCACAUAGGGUAAUUGUAUCAGUCUUCUCAUUUCUAAGGAAUUUUCAUCAUUCAGAGAUGGUUCAAAUUAUCCUGAAGUGCUUUAAAAACAUACCUUUGUGGAAGGCUAA